AUGCACCACCUCUCUAUGAAAUUCUUGACCGAAUUGGGAGUAGGAGUUGUCAAAGGCGAUCAACAGGACGCGAGGCGCUACUAUGUGAUGGCUAUAAAAGCUCCAGCCGAGAUGAAGUUGAACCCGAGCAAAUGCGCCUUUGGAGUAAGCUCGGGCAAAUUUCUCGGAUUCCUUGUCAACCAGCGAGGAAUCGAGGUAAAUGUAGAGAAGAUCAAGGCGUUGCUUGACAUGGAAUCCCCGAAAACGAUUAAAGACGUAGAAAGACUAAUUGAACGGGUAGCCGCACUCAACCGCUUCCUUUCUCGAGCUACUGAUAAAUGCCUCUCAUUCUUCAAACAACUAAAGGGACGGCAAACGGUAGAUUGGACGGAAGAGUGUGAAGCAGGUUUUAGCAGUUGA